GUCUCUCACGCCCUUUACAGCGCCCACGAUACCUCAUGCAGAUUGUGCCUCGGACAAGCCGGCCGCCCGUGGCUUUGGUGACACGGCAUUCGUAAACUGGGAUUACCAGCCCUGUGGCUGCGUGGCUAGAGAGUAGCGGUGCCGUUUUCGUGUCACUGAUUCGAUGUCAGGGCCGAGAUGGGAUGGCUCGAGACAUCUGGCGCUGCUGUGCGCGUGCGAUAGGGUCGAGGGAAAGCCACGAGGCCAGACGUCCUUGUUAAGCUGCAGGAGUCUGGAGGGUUUGACUGUCUGUUUGCGCGCUCAUCUAGAUGGUGUCCGCCUCGGAGGAUCAAUACAGCAGGUCCAAUGUCGGAUUGUGCGCCGAGCUGAAGUCUUUAGCUCCAACAUCUCCGCUUCUGGACCAUGGUUGCGACAAAUUAGACACCUAUAUAGGGCAGAGCUCGUCCACGGCCGGAAAGGGUGGAGGCAAGUGUACCAGCAAUCGCAAACCACACCAUUGCAGGCUAUCGCAGGCUAUCACUCUUCUUAUCAGAACCACUGAUCUGCUUUGGUACAUAAAGUCGUGCAUCCGUCGGAUAUUAAUGAGAGGCGGAUUUCGAUUCGUGCACUCAUAACACAGCAACGAAGAGUUGCCCUGGUUGCCAACUUCAAAGUCCCGGGCCGUGGGCUUCGACAACCAUUAAUAUCACUCUUACGUCCGCGUCAAAGACUACUC